AUGGAUUCAAACUGGCAAGAAAAAUUCAAAGAUUUUGAAGUUUUGACUAAUUGGGAAAAGUACAAGAAUCCUGAUAAACCAAAACUUAAAUUGAAUGAAUAUUGUCUCGUAAAAAUCAAUUUCACAAUUUAUCUUGAG